GUCCAGAUUCUCUAAGUUGCAAUUUCAUUGUCAAGUAUCGAAACUCAUCUGGACAGUGCUCAGUGAAUGGAAAGUCUCUCUUUUAUUUUGAUGAUGAAAAACAGGAGGAAAAUGCCACUGAGGUGUGUGCUGGUUUGUACCAAAGCCUGAAAGACACUUUUGAUAAGAUGACGAACCAGGAAUCAGGGCUAUUCAAGUCCCAGGGUAAUCGUCCCUUGCAGGUCAGAACACAAUCUCAAUAUAAUCAAGGAGAAUUCACUGAUAGACGCUGGGCCUUCACUGUUGAUGAACAGUAUUCUUUCUACUUUUAUGCAAAAAACAUGACCUGGAGAGAGGGUCACCCUGAUGCCAUCAGGACCAUGAGGCAAUGGGAGAGCAACACGAAACUUGUCCAAAGUCUCAGGACACUCUCCAGGGGAGAUUUCAGUUCCUGUCUCAAGAAACCGAAACACUCCAGAGAAAUGCCAC